CAAUCGAUCCGCCACAAUCGGAUAAAUCGCGUAUUGAUAACUUGGUAGUGGCACUAGUCGAACAGAAAGGGCCAUCUUCGGGGAAAUACUCAAAACCGACGCCACUUUUCUUGGGAUUUUCUCCGUCACAAACGUUUACGCACGCUAAAUAUCUAUAAGUAGACGAGAACCAUGGUACUCCCGCCGUAUGUGAAGGUUGGCCAGCAAGUGCAGCAUCUGAUGCGUCUAACAAUCAAGUGGGACCAUAAGGACGCGCUGCCGAUAUUCGCGCUCGAGGUCGACCCUAAAGCGCAAAAACACCUCUUGGCCGUGAUUCCCAAGGGCUCGGAUGGCCCGUACUUGUCGGCAGCCGAAUCGGUUUUUUGUCGGUUGCGUGGGGUAGGGAAGUCCUCGAUCCUCGAUGUCCAUGCACCGCCAUUCGAGUCACAAGCGACUGGCGGGGAAAUUCGCGUCCUCUUCGCCCAGUGGCAUGACGAGCCGACACACCGUGCCGCAAUUGGCUAUCUACGUAUCAGUUCUCCUGACCAAAUCGGCUUCAGCGACUUCAGGACGUCACUGGCCAAAGGCGUACCACGCAACAUGUUAGACAACACCGCCUUUAUUGUCGGUUUCCGUACGCCAUAGUACCCAUUU